GGCACCCAAUGUUUGAAGAACCGCAGAAGAAAUGGAUACUCCACAAGUUUGCGAGGGCGAGGAUGAGAUCCCGCUUCCCGGAUUCCGAUUCCAUCCGACGGACGAAGAGCUGGUGAGCUUUUACCUUCGUGGGAAAGUUGAGAAGAGAGGCAUCAGGCUUGGACUCAUCAAACAGAUGGAUAUCUACAAACACAACCCCUGGGAUCUUCCGUAUGGGAGCAGCAACGUGGGAGAUAAAGAGUGGUACUUUUACUGCAAGAGAGGGAGGAAGUACAAGAACAGUAUAAGGCCAAAUAGAGUAACUGGGUCCGGGUUUUGGAAGGCCACUGGCAUAGACAAGCCCGUGUAUUCCAACGGAGGGGAGGGCAGUGAGUGCAUUGGCCUCAAGAAAACGCUCGUUUACUAUCGUGGAAGUGCUGGAAAAGGCACCAAAACUUAUUGGAUGAUGCACGAGUUUCGCCUCCCACCUUCCAAUUCCUAUAACAUUGCUCAAGAAGCGGAAAUCUGGACACUGUGCCGGAUCUUCAAGAGGAAUAUGAGUUGCAGAAGGUAUGGAUCCAAUUGGAACAAACAAGCGCCCACCAAAAACCCCUUGACUGAUCAGAAGAACACGAAGCUGUGCAAUGAGCAGGUCAUGGGCAGUGGAGAAGUCAGUUAUAACAAUUGGAGCUGCGAGUCCAUGAUCGUCCAGAAUGAGCAGAAGGCAGUUGUUCCUAGUGGCCCAAAUAAUCGUGAAUGGAUGAAUAAGAAUUAUCAAUACUAUUACAGCAGCAGCUCCUCCAUGGCCCCAUCUCCAGUUUCCAGUGGCAUUAUUUCAGCUCCAAUAGCCUUCCCCACAAAUGAGCAGCUUGAUGUGAAUGAUUUCUUCACAAAUAGCAACUGGGAUGAGCUGAGAUCAGUGGUGGACAUGUUGUGGUUAAAAGUCCCCAAAUCAGAUGAGAUUUUCUUUCCUCUUUCUCUUCAGUAAAUAUUUGGGAUUUGAUUAGAUUGGAUGAUCAUUAUUUAUGUUCCAUUAUUUGAGGGAUUUGAAUAUAUAGUACUCAUCUUAGCAGGGUUGAUGUUACAUGGGUUUAACCAUUCAGAUGUUACAUGGGUUUUUGUUGUAACAUUCUAUAUAGUGUUUAGAUGGAUCAUUUUUCCCCGGC